CAAAACUCACCUCGGACUGCACAGACACUGUCGGGCAAUGACGGAGGACUUGGGACCAUCUUCUUCGGUGCAACCAGCUGGCCAUUCUACAGGGAGUAACGGCACAGGAGCAGCUCCUCCUGCGGAAGCCACAGCGUCCCUCUUCGUCGCUUCCGCCCCCGUUCCUGACUCGUACGAACAAGUACGAGGGCCAGACUUUGACCAGCCCCAGAAUGUUGAGAGUCUCAUCUCUGCAUUUGGAAGAGUAGGGUUUCAAGCCUCGGGUGUGAACAAGGCAGUGGAGAUCAUCGAGCAGAUGCGUCGCUGGAGGUUAUCAGAUGAGCCUGUGUUGCCCACAGAUCCAGACGACCUGCAAUCAGAGACUGCUCGCUCUCAGGUCAAAUGCAACAUCUUUCUGGGUUUCACUUCCAACCUCAUCUCCUCCGGCCUGCGCGAAGUGAUCCUCUUCCUGGUCAAGCACAAGUUUGUGCAUGCCAUUGUCACCACUGCCGGAGGAGUAGAGGAGGACAUCAUCAAGUGUCUCGGUCCGACUUAUAUGGCUGACUUCCAUCUGGAUGGAUCAGAGCUCCGGAAGAAGGGCAUGAACAGGAUUGGCAACCUUGUAGUUCCGAACGAUAACUACUGCAAGUUCGAGGAUUGGGUCAUGCCCAUCUUGGAGAAGAUGAGGGAGGAGCAAGGGGAUGAUGUUGAGAAUGCCUGGUCGCCAAGUCGGAUAUGCGAGAGGCUGGGAAAAGAGAUUGACGAUGAGCGGAGUGUUCUAUACUGGGCAGCAAAGAAUGGAAUCCCGGUCUUCUGCCCCGCUCUGACCGACGGCUCAUUGGGAGACAUGCUGUACUUUCACUCGUACAAGUCUCCCGGCUUGGUAGUGGACCUGGUCAAGGACAUUCGCCGCCUGAACGAUAUGAGCGUCAAGUCUCGCAAGGCGGGCAUGAUCGUUCUGGGCGGAGGGGUGUGCAAGCAUCAAAUAGCGAAUGCUAUGCUCUUUCGCAACGGAGCGGACUAUGCCGUGUACAUCAACACUGGCCAAGAGUUCGACGGUUCAGACUCGGGGGCUCGUCCUGACGAGGCCAUCUCCUGGGGCAAGAUCAAGUCGGCGGAAAGGGGCGGACGUAGCGUCAAGGUGUACUGUGAUGCCACGAUCAUCUUCCCCUUUAUCGUAGCUGCGACAUUUGGUAAGGCGUAUUGGGCAUCGAAGCUGGAGGACGGCAAGCAAGAGUCACUCUAGGGAUUGUCGGCAUGUGAGAGCUGGAGAAAGUGGGGAAGAGAGGGGUCAGGGAAAGGGGCCCUCUGCAGGGAGAGGGUCAAGCGAGUGCUCGCAAUGUACACUAGUCACAGCUUCGGCGAUCAAAAGGGCAUCGACCAUCGUCAUCAGUGGCGUAGAAUUCUAGAAGCAUGACC